GCACAGACCCUGACGUUACGCGCAGACUCCAGUCUGCAAUCUAGCUAGCAAAAAAGUGUCGUGAAUGCACCCUCUCAGUGUAGAUGCAGCUGCACAGCACAGGGAGAGUGUCAGCCAGCGCUACACGUGUGUGAGUACUGCUCAGAUUCAAACACGUGAACCGGGCUUGCCAGGCAGUGCAGAGGGGAGAAGGCCGGCAUCUUUGGGGGAACAAAUCUGUUUUUGGAAGAUAACAAACCUAGGGAACUCCUCAACUGCAGUUGCCAAAAAAGGGGCGAACGGUGUUUGGCACAUUAUUUCUUAGCAGAUGAACCGAUUCCGGACACAAAUGAAGUACAUUCUGGUCACUGGCGGUGUCAUCUCUGGGAUUGGCAAGGGGAUCAUUGCCAGCAGCGUGGGGACCAUCCUCAAAUCAUGUGGCCUCCACGUCACUGCCAUCAAAAUCGACCCCUACAUCAACAUCGAUGCAGGAACCUUCUCACCCUAUGAGCACGGCGAGGUCUUUGUGCUGGACGAUGGUGGCGAGGUGGAUCUGGACCUGGGGAACUACGAGCGCUUCCUUGAUAUCCGGCUCACCAAAGACAAUAACCUGACCACCGGCAAGAUCUACCAGUCUGUUAUCAACAAGGAGCGCAAAGGGGACUACCUGGGCAAGACUGUGCAAGUCGUGCCUCACAUCACAGACGCCAUCCAGGAGUGGAUGUUGCGCCAAGCCAAGAUCCCUGUAGACGACGAUGAAGUGGAGCCCCAAGUCUGCGUCAUUGAGCUGGGUGGAACGGUGGGUGACAUUGAGAGCAUGCCCUUCAUUGAAGCCUUCCGGCAGUUCCAGUUUAAAGUGAAGCGAGAGAACUUCUGCAACAUCCACGUCAGCCUUGUCCCUCAGCCCAGCGCGACGGGUGAGCAGAAGACCAAGCCGACGCAGAACAGCGUGCGAGAGCUGCGGGGGCUCGGCCUCUCUCCAGACCUGGUGGUAUGUCGCUGCACAAAUCUUCUGGAGACCUCUGUCAAGGAGAAGAUCUCCAUGUUCUGUCACGUGGAGCCGGAACAGGUGAUCUGCGUUCACGACGUCUCGUCCAUCUACCGUGUGCCUCUGCUGCUGGAGGAGCAGGGCGUGAUCAACUACUUCUGCCAUCGCCUGAACCUGCCCAUUGAGCCGCAGCCCCGCAGGAUACUCACCAAGUGGAAAGAGAUGGCUGACAGGUCAGACCGCAUGCUGGAGACCUGUUCGAUCGCCCUGGUCGGCAAGUACACCAAGCUCUCUGACUCCUACGCCUCUGUUAUCAAGGCCCUGGAACACUCUGCUCUCGCCAUCAACCACAGACUGGAGAUCAAGUAUAUCGACUGUGCUGAUCUGGAGUCAUCGACUUUGCAGGACGAGCCUGUCCGAUACCACGAGGCCUGGCAGAAACUAUGCAGCGCAAAUGGCAUUCUUGUCCCUGGAGGGUUUGGGGUUCGGGGCACGGAGGGGAAAAUCCAAGCCAUCUCCUGGGCCAGAAAACAGAAAAAGCCGUUUCUGGGAGUAUGCCUUGGUAUGCAGCUGGCAGUUUGUGAGUUUGCACGCAAUGUUCUCGGCUGGCAAGAUGCCAACUCUACAGAAUUUGAUCCCGAUACCAAAUAUCCAGUGGUGAUUGACAUGCCUGAACACAACCCCGGGCAGAUGGGUGGCACAAUGAGGCUGGGCAAGAGGAGGACCAUCUUCAAAAGCAACAGCUCCAUUCUGAGGAAACUGUACGGUGACGUUGACCAUGUUGAUGAAAGACACAGACACCGCUUUGAGGUGAACCCAGAGCUGAAGCACCACUUUGAGGAGAAGGGCUUGAGGUUUGUGGGUCAGGACGUGGAGGGGGAGAGGAUGGAGGUCAUUGAGCUGGAUGACCAGCCGUACUUCGUGGGCGUGCAGUACCACCCUGAGUUCACCUCCCGCCCCAUCAAACCCUCCCCUCCCUACUUCGGCCUGCUGCUCGCUGCUGCCGGGAAACUCAACAGCUACCUGCAGAGAGGCUGCCGCCUGUCACCGAGUCGAAUAUCGAUAAAGGAAAAUGUCAUUGUCGCUCAACCUUCACACCCUCUAACUGCAUUAAAAAUGGACGAUGUGGAUCGCAAGACUCUGUGCGAGGAACCCAGGAGCAAUGAACCGGAGAGCGAAGUGGAAAACCCCAUGCCGGAAAUCACUCGGGACCUUGAGAACUGCCAGAUGUGGAGAAGUGAAACCGCAUCCCUCCCUACACUGCUAGCCAUGCAUUGAACACCACACUCUUAAAGGCUCCAAGGAAUACGGAACCCGGAACCUUUUAAAUGACUUUGCCCGUUUCCAUCAAAGCUUCAGCAUUCGCUGUAAUGUGUUUUUAUUGCAUGGGCUUUUGUGACUUGAAGAUUUUUACCGAAUUAAACAGUGUGAGGAUGCUAGCCAUAGUAAUGGUGCUAAAUAUGGAUAUUUUGUGUGGUCUUGUAUUUUAUUUUUUAUUUUUUUUGGUUGCUUCUCUUUGUUUAUCACGCUGCCAGAAAUAUUUACAAGGGCUUUUCUAAGUUUAUACUGUGAAGUGCACUGAGCUAUACUGAAAUUAAUUCAAUUGUAUUAUUUACCAUUUCAUGGUCACUAUUCAUAUACUUUUUGUAGACUAGUGCCCAGAGGUAAUUUUCGUUGUUGCUGCACCACACCCCCUACAGAAAUGGUUUGACACUUGGAAUUGCUAUACUUUAAGGAUUAGUUUUAGCUUAGGUGUCAACUUUUCUGAAACCUACAGCCUUUCACCUGCAGGUCCUGACUGCUUUAUUAGGAACACUUCCCAGAUCGUGCGGUGAAGUCUGUUGUGCAUGAAUUCAAACUUGCUUCAUCUCAUAAGUCCGGUACAUACAAGACCCUGAGUGAUAAUAAUGUACAGUAUGAGCAGAAUUAGACUUGCAGGCUAACUUCACUACAACUAACCCCUCUUAUAACAAACCCCUGUUUAACGAUCCCAACAUCAAGAACGAAUUUAUUCAAUGGAAAUUAGCCCUGUUAGAACGAUCACUUACAAGGAUCGAUCCGGAUACAACAGUCUCAGUACUGACUGACACUGAAUUUCUUCUCCAGUGUGACUGUUAUUCUCUGAGUGAAAACAAACACCAUGGUUGGCCAAUUCAGAGAUACCCUAUAGUAGUGUGAAUCGUGCAUGAUGUAUGCAAUUGUUGCCUGCCCACCAUCUUAACACAAACUAAUCAGGCAUGAGGAGGCAACUGCAAAAAGUGCAGCAAUCUACGCUGGAUUAUUUUUAUUUUAUGAGAAAUGACACGCGCCUGCCUGUAAGCUGCCCAGACCAGUGUUGUCCUCUGACGCUGUAUCUCUGGGUUGGCUGCAUGGCGGGCCUGCAGAGUGAAAAGAAGCAGUCGGCUGACAGCACACACUUCGGAGGACAGUGUGUGUUCGUCUUCGCCGCUCCCGAGUCAACGCAGGGGUGGUAGCGGUGAGCUGAGCUUAAAAUACAAUUGGACAUAACAAAUUGGGAGAAAAACGGGGUAAAAUCUAUUAGUUUAUUUAGCAGACGCCUUUAUCCAAGGCGACUUGCAGAGACUAGGGUGUGUGAACUAUGCAUCAGCUGCAGAGUCACUUACAACUACAUCUCACCCGAAAGAGAGAGCACAAUGAGGUUAAGUGACUUGCUCAGGGUCACACAAUGAGUCAGUGGAUGAGGUGGGAUUUGAACCGGGGACCUCCUGGUUACAAGCAAUUGGCGACUACUAAAUGUAUUUAAUACAAUAAAUAAGUACAAUAAAAACAGCCCUAAAACUUGACAAAGUAGUAUUAUAGUCAAUAGUAUAAAUGCAGCAUCCAGAUAAAGUAAAACUGUGGACAAUAACUGUAUUUGAAUCAGAGAUCAAUAAGGGGCUGAUUUAAAACCAAUAGCUGAGCUGUCAUAGUAAAUCUAUACAGAUGUGAAGUGCAUAGAGGUUCACUUUCAUGAGACCGUCAAUGGAAUUUGCAUACGAGUAUGGAGGCCGCCAGAAAAAGCCUUUCCUUGUGCCAUGUAAUGAUUUGAGUAUGCUUGUGUUUGCGUGAUCUGUAUUAAAUAUUUUUUUUCACUCCAAAUAUACGCCAAAACCUGCAUUUGAAUCCUUGGUAUUGAUAGUAUAGCUGGUAGUUAUUUGUGUGUUUAGUUAGAUAUCGUGUUUUAAAUAUUUCUAUUGUUUGUUCAUCUUUUCAGUAAUGUAUAAUGUACUGUAUUUUCUUGACCAUAUCAUCUUGUAAAAGAGUGUAACCUUAAUAAAGUUUGUUACUGUUA